ACGCUUCUUCUAUCAACCAAGCCAUCAUCUGUCUCCCCCUCCUUCAUAUACCAUUCAUUCAGAGCAUUCAAUCCUUUGGUUCCUUCACAGCUUCCUCUUCUUUAAUGAAUUUUUUCUGAUCAAGACUGGUAAAAGCUUCAAUAAUUUAUGGCGACAAAGGGAAAGGAUGUUGGCUCGGCAGGGAAGGAGAAGAGGGGCACAUCCCCUUCAAAGCCUCUUCAAAGUGGCAGCACCCUCACUAAAAGAUGUCCCAAGCCAUCCAACCCUGACUCUACUGAUAAAGAUCUUUCAUCUGCAUCCCAAAAACAAAUUCCAAGCUAUCUCAGGCCUACCAUAAGCUCACAGAAUAUUAAGAAAGAAGACUCCACCCUUGGCCCCUCUGUCCACAGAAGAAGAUCCUUUGACAAGCCUCCAUCCCCUUCUCAAAUACAGAAAGCACUUCUCUCUCCCGGUGGUAGAGAUAGAGCAGUUAGAUCUUCUUCUGUGACACCAGCUAAGCCCACUAGUGCACCAAAGCCAAUCUCAGAUAGGACCUCAAAGACACCUAGGGUGGUAAAGUCUCAGCCAUCGGUAAUAAAAUCAACAAGCACAAAGAAGACCUCCAGUAACCCACCCACCAAGAAAGAAGCCAGUGCCUCAUCAGCCUCAGAGAAAAAAGCUCCAACCGUUGCUGAUACAGGAGACAAACUCAACAAUGAAUCCGAACAAGAAGAUCAGGAAUCGUUGGUUCCUGAUGUUCAAGAAGUGGAAGUGAAGGAUAUUGAUAAUGGGGUAGAAAUCCCCUCAGAUUCAUCACAUUUUGAUGUUGAAAAUAGUACUGAACCUAACAGUGAUCAAGAUGAGAAUCUCAAGCCUUGUGAAACUUCUACAGUUCCAGAAAAUCAAGAUGCAUCUACAGCAGCCGGCCCUGAAGAAAGCACUGAAGAUAAAAUUGAUGACCAAGAAAGUAAAGAUGAAAUCAAUAGCAGUCACCCAGAAGAAAACUCUGCAGGUGAGCCUAAGGUAGAAGCCCAAGACAAGCAAGGGGAGGAGGAUGCAACUGAAAAUCCCAUUACAAAGGAAGGGGAUGCACCAUCUACUGAAGAUUCUGGAGAUGAUCAGAACAAGAACAUGGUUGAGGAGCAAGAGGGUGAUGAAGGAAGCCAUAAACAUGCUGAUGAGGGAAAGCAGGAGCAUGUAAAUGAGGAAAGACAGAAACAUGUUGUUGAGGAACAGAAGCCAGAAGCAGAAAAUGUGGCAUCAAGCGACAAUCAGCUAACGGGAAGAAGGAUUCUCAGGUUUACAAUGAAGUUAUUGAGGAGACUGCAAGUAAGCUUCUGGAGAAGAGGAAAAACAAAGUGA